AUGACCAAUCCCAAAUCCUCUGACCCUGAAUUCUCGGCCAGAUCCACCGCCAUCAAGCUCUCCCACCACGGCGGCGACCACCACCAAUCCUUGCUCCCCGGCCUCCCGGACGAUAUAGCCCAGCUAUGCCUUUCCCUCGUCUCUCCGUCCAUCCUCUACUCCGUCUGCCGCUCGUGGCGCCGCCUCAUCUACUCCGCCUCCUUCCCCGCCUACCUCUCCCUAUACGCCGUCGUCCUUCCCGACGGUCAAUCCCAGCUCGAAGCCACCCCUGACCCUGUCGAUUUCUACUCAUUCGACCCGAUCUCCCGUCUCUGGAGCUCCCUCCCCCCGCCGCCCUCCGAUCCGCCGCCGCGCUUCCUCUUCCGCCACCCCGCCUUCAUCCGCCGCAACCUCCCAAUCCAAUCCGUCUCCGCCGCCGGAAAGCUCAUCGUCCUCGCCGCCACCGACGACCAAUUCCUCCCCGCCCUGUCCCACCCACUCCUCUUCGACCCGCUCUCCGGCAGCUGGAGCCGAGGUCCGCAGCUCGCUGCGCCGCGCCGCUGGUGCGCCGUCGGCUCCGCCGGCGGCGCCGUCUACGUCGCCAGCGGAAUGGGAGCGGGAUACAGCUGCGACGUGGCGCGAACGAUCGAGAGGUGGAAUCUGGAAUCAAUUCCGGAUCCGGAUCUUGCCGCCGCGAGGCGGCGGCGGACGCCUCCAGCGUGGCGGAGGAUGACGGAUAUGAAGGACGGGAAGUUCAGCCGCGACGCGAUCGAGGCGGUGGGGUGGAGGGGAAGACUGUGCAUGGUGAACGUAAAGGGGACGGCGGCGAAGGAAGGGGUGGUGUACGACUUAGCUCGGGACUGUUGGCGGGAGAUGCCGGCGGGGAUGCUGGCAGGGUGGAGGGGCCCGGCGGCGGGGUUGGACGAGGAGACUAUCUACUUGGUGGACGAGGGGAGGGGGGUGCUGAGGAGGUACGACGGAGAUCGGGACUCGUGGGAGGAUGUGGCGGGCUGCGGGCUGUUCCGGGGAGCACAGCAGGUGGCGGCAGGCGGCGGGAGGGUGUGCGUGCUGUGCGCCGACGGCACGAGGAUCGUGGUGGUGGAUGUGGCGUCGCCUCCGCCGGCGAGGAUGUGGGUGGAGGAGGUCCCGCCGGGGGUACAAGUGGUGGGGAUUCAUAUAAUGCCCCGAUUGGUUAGAUGA